AUGAAUCUCCUUCUCCUAGCGGGCUUGCUACCCCUGGCAGGUUCCCAAUCUGUCUCAGACCUCUUCCUUGAGAACGCCCCAUCUUCUCCUCGCCCGUACAUCAUCCCUCAUUAUGCCAACUCCCAUGCGGUCACCGUGGGUAGCCAAUUGUACCGCUUUACGGUCACCGGACCCUCCUCCGACUAUGCUUUCACGCUGAUGAGCACCAGUGCGCCUUCCAGCGGCAGUCUUGGCGUGCUCCCGCAUAUCCACCGCACGCAUUACGAGAAUUUCUUCAACUUCAAGGGUCGCUUCCAGCUGUGGGCGCAGUACGGCGAGGAAGAACAACAGGCACGGCUGUUGACACAGGGCGACUAUGGAUCGGUACCAAGGAAAACCACACAUACCUUCCAGAUCCUCGACCCGGACACCGAGAUGGUGGGCGUAGUCGUUCCAGGAGGUUUCGAGGACCUCUUCUACGCGCUGGGCCAAAACUACACCUCCGCCACAAAAACGCCCUACGUGCCGCAGGCGACUAAUGAUUCAUCCGCCACCGGACCGGACGACAGCGGGAUCUCCGGACUGAAAUCUUUCGAUGUCUACGCGGAGCUCGAUUUCGAGCCGCGCCGGGAUCUCGUGAACGGCUCUGCGCCGUCUGAUGAGGGCUGGCAUACCGAGUCCGCUUCCCUCGGCGAGCCGGGAAGGCCCUAUUUCAUCGCCAACAACUAUGGCCCCAAGUACCUCAACUCUAAGCAUGGAGCGUACCAAAUCGUUCAGCCUCUCGUCACCAAUGCUCAGGCGCAGGAUACUAAUUUCACCAUGGCGACACUCAUUCUGAGCCGGCAGCGCGCGUCGAGCUCGGCUCCGACGUGGACUGCGACUGGGGCAACGGCGUUUGAGGUGCUAGAGGGGUCAAUUCAGGUCCAGAUCGGCGACUAUCCGGCUACUUGGCUAGAAAUGGGUGAUGUUGCAUUUGUGCCCGCCACGGUAGAGUAUCGUUAUUGGACGGAAGGGUCGUAUGCGAAGGUGCUGUCCGUUAAUGCUGGCCGGGAUGGACUCAACGAACAGUUGAUUAGCGAGGGGAAGGAGUGGGGUUAUCCGACUUUUCCACGUUAUUGAUUGUCAUGAUUGUCAUGUAUUCUCUAAUUGGUGUGUCAAAAAAAAUCAGAAAAAAGCACUGUAGUGUAUAUAGUGACAUAGUCCCUAAACUUAUGAUCGCAGAGGGGGUCUAUCCGAGAAAAGCCGACCGGUCG